UCUAAUUAAUGUAAUAUAUAAGGUUAAGUUUACUUGUGUGUGCACUCUUAAUUUCAUUAGAAUGUUUUAUUGUAAAAUAAGAUUUUUAUCCAGUAACUUAAAGAUAUGUACAUGUAUGCAAAAACGCCUCAAAAGUAAUAUUUCUACAACCGAUAUUACUGAAACAAAAAAUAUAAAUUUAGAAGCUAAACGAAAAGAAAUUAUGUCACGUGGUCUACCUAAGAAAAAACCUAUCAAAGGUGUAAAGCAAAUUCUAAUUGUUUCAUCUGGGAAAGGUGGUGUUGGUAAAUCAACAACUUCCGUAAACUUGGCAACAGCAUUAAAAGUUAUAGACCCUAAAAAAUCAAUUGGCUUAUUGGAUGCAGAUGUUUUUGGACCUUCUAUACCAUUAAUGAUGAAUUUAAAACAGUCACCUUUGUUGAAUAAAAAUAAUCUUAUGGAACCAUUAAUUAAUUAUGGUAUAAAAUGUAUGUCCAUGGGAUUUUUGAUCGAUGAAAAAUCUCCAGUUGUUUGGAGAGGUCUUAUGGUAAUGAAUGCCCUAGAUAAAUUAUUGCGCCAAGUCGCAUGGGCUCCUUUAGAUUGUCUAAUUAUAGACACACCACCUGGGACUGGAGAUACACAUUUAUCAUUAAUUCAAAAUAUUUUUAUCACUGGUGCAUUAUUAGUUACUACACCACAAAGAGCAGCUUUAGAUGUAACAAGGCGAGGUGCUAAAAUGUUUGAAAAAUUAAAUGUGCCCAUUUCUGGUAUUGUUGAAAAUAUGAGCUCCAUUUCUUGCCCGAAAUGUAUGACCAAAAUAUCUAUUUUUGGUGAUAAUACAGAAGCAUUAGCGCAUGAGCUUGGUGUAAAAAUAUUCCAAAAAAUUCCUUUACAUGAAGAUAUUAUGAAUAGUUGUGAUAUUGGAAAACCAAUAGUAUUAUCUGCUCCGAACAGUGUUCAAGCAGAAUCUUAUAAAAAGUUGGCAGAACAUCUUAUAAAAUUUUUAAAGGAACAACCACUUAUUGAAGAAUGA